AAUCAUCAUCAUCGCCGCCAACAACACCACCGAAACCAUUGAUAAUAUCAUAUCAUAUAAUAUAUAUAUCCUAUUAGUUAAUGAUUGAGACGAUAAUGUCUUCAGCAGCGGUCAUCGAUACCAUUGCCGCCGUCAUCAACAACAACAACAACACAACGUUUGACGCCGAAGAUGGCGAAGAAGUAGUAGUAGUGGCCGUACAACAGCCGCCACCGCAGUCGACGCCAACAGAUGACGAUUCACAGACAACAACAACAACAACAACAGCUAGAAGACAGUCAAGCGAUGACCAACAGGCGAUUGUCGGCGGCGGCCAAACAAYAACAUCGGAGGCCACCAUCACUACUAGCAUCAGCAGCAGUAGUAGUUUGACUACAGCGGCGGCCGCGUCGGCGUCGGCGGCAGUGACCGUACCGAAAGGGUCGUGGCUUUUACGGCUAUUCGAGUCGAAAUUGUUUGACAUGUCUCUGGCAAUCAUGUAUUUGUUUAAAUCCAAAGAAUUGGGUGUAUUAUCCUAUUUGGGUAAUCGUAUGUUUACUUUCGGCGACCAAGAGGUUGACUUUUAUUUGCCGCAACUAAUCACACUGUAUAUACAUCAUCAGGAAAUUGCCGAAGCCUUGCAUCCGUAUCUCGUAAGCCGAUGCCGUAACAGUAGCCACUUCUCCCUACAGCUGGUCUGGCUGUUGAACGCCUUCUGCAACGAUACAGUCUAUUCGUCGGCAGCCAUACCCAAGCCAUCCAAUUCCCGACGAAAAUCGUUGGGUCUUAAACUAAGAAAUCUCAUUCUAUCGGAAGAGUUGCGUCCAAAGAAACAGACAACACCUCAACCACCGCCACCACCACAACAACAACCAACACCUGACUGUUCCCUUCAUAAUAAUCAUCACAAUAAUCAUAAUAAUAAUAAUACAAAUGAUAGCUUAUCGGUGAUUGCUGUAGACAAUAGUCAGCCGGAGCUGUCGCCACCACCACCACUACCGACAGCGUCACCGCUGCCGCAAAAGUUGAUCAACGGUUCGGAUCAAUCAUCAUCAACAACAUCAUCAUCAGCAGCACUUCAUCAAAAAUUUCAUCACCACCAUCAGAAAACUCAUCAGCGAUCGUACAGUGAUUUUAGUUGCUAUAAUCCGUCGCUAUCGUUGCGCAACCAAUCGCUACGGUCGCCAAUGAUUAGCGGCAGCGGCGGCGGCGGACAUCAUCAUAACGGCGUCGGCGGUCGACUAAAUUUAGGUGAUCCGCAAUCGGGUCACGCAUUCGAUAACGGAUGCGUAUGUUUUACUGCCUGUGUCAGCCUUUGCAAUGAACUACUCGGCCGGGGCGAGCGUGUGGUCUGCCAUUGCGGUGCUCCCCGGCUGACCGCCCAAUACGAGUUUAUCAAAUGCUUGAUCAACAUUGGCCUACGUCUGCAAGCAGUUCCAGCUAAAGAAGUGAAAUCUCAGCGCCUGAUUGCCGAACUAAUGCAACUGAAUAUGAAUCUGCCGGCCCGUGUAUGGCUGCCCAUACACGAUGCCAAACAUAUGAUUGUCAGAGUACCGCCACAGGCGGCCGUAUUGUUGAACUCGAAAGAUAGGGCACCGUAUCUGAUAUGUGUCGAAGUUAUCGAAGUGGACGAUAUCAAUGCUACGCCGAUUCCGGUCAAACAAACUAAUCUGAGUUUAAGGCAAACGAAAUCCGAAGAAAAUUUAGUAGAGUUUGCCCAAAAUCAGAGUACCAGUAGUAUAGCAGCAGUUAAGACAACAACAACAACGGUUCCGACGAUAACCCGUAUCGCCAGCAGUAAUCAUAUUAGCAGUUGUUAUCCGUCGGUAUUGUUGGACGAUAGCGAUUGUUGGACACCCGAAGAUGACGAAGUAUCCAAACAGUAUAGGCUGCGAAUGAGUGGCUACGAUAAGGAUACGAUAUCGCAGUUGUCGCAGGAUUCGGGUACCAGUAAUGGUACCGAUGGUAAUAAUGGUGGCCAUAAUCCGCCAGUGUUUGUGGCCGCCGGCGAUAUACGUCGACGACUGAGCGAAACCAUUAACAAUGCACCGAAAACUAGUUUCCAACGAUGUCCGGACGAUCCGUCGGCUGCCGCACUCAAAGAACCGUGGGAUGAAAAAGUUAGCCGAAUUCGCCAGUCGUCACCGUUCGGACAUCUGUCGAAUUGGCGUCUGUUGGCUGCUAUUGUCAAAUGCGGUGACGACUUACGACAGGAACUGAUGGCCUACCAGCUGUUGGCCAGUUUGCAAAAGAUAUGGCAACAGGAACGGGUACCCCUUUGGUUGAAACCGUACAAAAUUCUGGUUACUUCCGGCGAAUCGGGACUCAUCGAAGUCAUACUCAAUACCGUUUCAUUACAUCAAAUUAAAAAACACUGUAAACUAUCGAUUCUCGACUAUUUUAUCAAAGAAUUUGGUCCGCAAACCAGCGAACAGUUUAUAACAGCCCAACAAAAUUUUGUCCAAUCGUGUGCCGCCUAUUGUCUGGUCUCUUAUCUGAUCCAAGUUAAAGACAGACAUAACGGAAAUAUAUUACUCGACUCUGAGGGCCAUAUAAUUCAUAUUGAUUUUGGUUUUAUUUUAUCGAAUUCACCGAAAAAUCUCGGAUUCGAGAACUCGCCGUUCAAAUUGACACAAGAAUUUGUUGAUGUAAUGGGAGGUCUGGGCUCCGAUAUGUUUGAAUAUUUCAAAAUACUGAUACUACAGGGUCUGAUAGCUGCCCGAAAACAUAACGAAAAAAUCGUAACCAUUGUCGAGAUAUUACAGGCAAACACACAGUUAGCCUGUUUUAGUAACGGCCCGUCAACUGUCCGAUGUCUGCGCGAAAGGUUUCAUAUGGGCUUAACUGAAGAACAGCUACAACUGGAGGUCGACUCAAUGGUCGAGUCGUCCAUACAUUCGUUGACUACGAAACUGUACGACGGGUUUCAGUAUCUAACAAAUGGCAUACUUUGAACACUAAUCUAAUACUAAAUAAUAAUAAUUAUU